AUGGCAAGCGACGAAAACAAGAAAGCGGUCGAGCUCGACCCCACACUCGAUUUCUUCGCAGGCACAGUCGCAGGGAUGGCGGCUCUUUCGGUGGGCUAUCCCUUCGACACAGUGAAGGUUCGCUUCCAGAACCCGUCGGUCUCGGGGAAGUAUAACCAGUCAACAUUCCACGCGCUGGCCACGAUCGUGCGCGAGGAGCGCUUCCUCGGGCUCUUCAAAGGCAUUACUGCACCACUCGCUUCCGCGGCACUCCUCAACGGCCUUGUGUUCGCGUCGUACCGGUUUUUUAUCAAGCUUCAGUUGCAUCACGAUGGCGAGAUACCGACCCUCACACAGAUCGGGCUCGCGGGUGCGGGGUGUGGCGUUGUAGGAUCGCUCCUCACAACCCCGGUCGAGUUUCUCAAGAUUCAGCAACAGCAAUCACUCAUACCAGUGCCAUUUCGCCGUCUAGCAACGCCAGCGGUCACCGCAUCCACGACGCCAAAGGCACCGAGUGCUCUCGCAAUCGCGUUGCAGACAUUGAGGGAGCGCGGCAUUCGCGGGCUUUAUCGCGGCAUCACGGCAACCGCGCUGCGCGAUACCGGGUUUGGCGCGUACUUCAUUGGUUACGAAGCAGCCCUCCGGGUCUUCUCACCGCCUAUUGGGUCAAGCGCGGGUGAGGCACUGGAGACGGACCCCGUCCUGACUGAGGUUUCAAAAACGCUCGCACUCUCGCCAGUCCCCUUCCUCCUCGCAGGCGGUGUGGCCGGAGUCGCAGGGUGGGCAUUCACGUUCCCAUUCGAUGUCAUCAAGACGCGCAUACAGAGCUCGGGGGACGGUGCCCUUCCGCCCGCACCCAAACCUGUACUUCCCACAUCGUCUCCAUAUCCACCCCGUAACCACCACAACUCCUCUGUCCCCGUCUCAGCCUCUCAGCCACCGCUAUUUCCGGCGGACGACAGGCCGUACCGAAACACCCUCUCGACGAUCGCACACUCGUACCGCACUGAGGGCUCGCGCGUGUUCGUGCGCGGGCUCGCGCCGACGCUCAUCCGCGCGGUGCCCGUCAAUAUGGUCACGUUUGCGACGUUCGAGAGCAUCGUGCACGCGUUCUCGUGA